UGUUGCACCAGUGGAAAUGACAGUGAUGCUCGUCCGUGUAUAAAUUCGACCUCGAUGACAUAUAAAAGAAAUGUUUGAUCGUGCUGGGAGCGAAGCGUUUUGUUCAUUUUAAUUACGACCAACCUGGACACAAAUAAUCCGCGAGAAUUUAAUGAAUGAGGGCGAGGCAAGAUAUUUUGCGGUGGGUCGUCACUGGGGUUACUCCGACCCAGGUAGACCGAAAAUCCGCCUUAAUAAGAAGCUUUUGAUCAAGACUGCCAAUGUAAGACUGAACUACUGAUGCAUGGAAUGACCAUUGUUAACAUUAAAUACGGACAGCAUCAAUGGGAAACUGUUUUUCGUGCUUUAAGGUGUCUCUUCCACCAGCCACUGCCACAAGAUCCUCAUCAUUCGAUUACAAAGACGAGACGAUGGAGCUGAGAGGUUCGUUCUUAAAUUCUUGUCAACAAACCGGGCCCUUAGUGCCUGAAACACAUUUAAACGGAAACAGAAAAUCAGUAACCGCAUUAUCAACAUUCAACAAUGUAGGGUCUGAUAAUUGUGGGUCCAUGCCUAUCGUACAAAGUAACAUACGUUCGACGAGAGGAUUUUACGCACGUUUGUCACCGUUGGCCAGAUCCGGGACAUCUUCUGGUCUAAACGCGGCUGCUGAAUUGAAACAGCAAAAGGAACCAUCAGAGAACAAGUUAAACAGUUUAUUCGACCAAUACAAGGAUUCGCACGAAGACGUGAUUUUAGCCGACGGUAUAGAAAGAUUAUGCAACGAUUUACAAUUGUCGCCAGACGAGUUUAAAGUACUCGUCCUCGCGUGGAAGUUGAAUGCUAAACAAAUGUGCCAAUUUACGCGUCAGGAAUUCGUGGCAGGCUUGAAAGCGAUGAAAGUAGACAGUAUACGUGGUAUACAGUCGCGAUUACCGGAAGUCGUUCAGGAUUUAACCAUGAACGGUGAUUUAUUUAAGGAUCUCUAUCGAUUUACAUUCCGAUUUGGUUUAGACGUGAACGCCGGCCAGAGGAUAUUGCCGGCUGACAUGGCGAUCGUCCUCUGGAAGCUCGUUUUUACUAUACGCGAACCACCGCUUUUAUUAAGAUGGCUCAAAUUCCUCGAAUCCCAUCACGUACGAGGUAUACCCAGGGACACGUGGAACAUGUUCUUAAACUUUGCUGAAAGCAUUGGCGACGAUCUGAGCAUCUACGACGACGCGGAAGCGUGGCCAAGUCUGUUCGACGAUUUUGUAGAAUACGAGAACGAUCAAAUGAACCAAAACAUCAGUAAGGACGAUAUUCUAAAGGAUGUUGCUUCUAUCGACAAAGCUUAAUUAACGUUUUCAAACAGAUUUGGGUUAUGAACAGGUAUUACUAUUCUUAUUACCGUACGGAAUUAUUUAAAACCACUUGACAUCGAUAAGGUAAGAGAUAGCUGUCUUACGAUAUUUUUUUUAUUUAUUUGUUUAUUUUAUCGUUAAAGAGCAAGUGAGGGAAACGCGAAAUGAUAUAACUAUUUUACGAAUAUCCAAGCUAUUUUCUCCGAAACGCGAGUCUAAAAUUUUGCACGUCUAAUAGGUAAGAGAGAAAUUCUAUAUUCUAAAUUUGUGAUACGAUACGUACGGGUAUAUACGGCUUUCGAGUAUAUACGCCGGUAGAGUCGAAAGAUUUAUUCAAAUGUAAUUACGUGUCACGGUGAAACGAAUUGUAUUAAGAUUCUUGAAAAAUUAGAAUAUCUUAUUAGAAUAGAAUGCACACGUUACUGUUAAACAGUCUUGAUCCUUCGUAAUCGUAGUUGAAAUACGAUUUGGAAUGGACGUUUAUUUAAAUUAUGUUCCUAUUUAUUUCUCUUAAACGUCAGUAGCAGAAGCCUUGACCACGAUGAAACGAAUACAAAAAAAGAUAUAUUUCGAAUGAGAUAAGAUUCAUUACAUACACACACACACAUAUGUAUAUAGUGCCAUGUCUUUCGAAAAGUACUAAAACAAAAAUUAUAAGAAUUAGUGAUAAUUAAUAUAUCAUUGAACAAAUGUAAGACUCAUUGAUAUUUUUGCAAGAAAAGAAAUGAGAAAAAAGAUGCGCUAUGUAUUUAUAUUCGCGGUUUUGAUUACUGCGAACGAUCUUAAACUUCGUAUAUAGCUUUACGUUUAAUCGAUUGGCGAUGGAUGUUCGGAAUGUCUCGUCGAUAUGCUUUAAUACACAUACAUGUUCAGUGUCACCUCGUCUUCAACACUUAUUUAAAGUACAAUACUUAAAACAAGAUGUAGUACGUCGCUUGCUCGGAGGGCCUUUCGACUUAUUCCAGCCGCAACUAAUACUUCUAAGUGACCAUUCUUCCAUUCUUUCGUACAUAUGUAAAGAAUAAAAAAUUGUAAUACGCGCAGUAUUCUUCCUUUUAAUCAUGUUCAGACAGUAUUUCUAAUAGAUGAAGAAGGGGUCCUCUGCUGUUCAAGUACUGUCGACUUCAUAAAAUUACCUAAACGUGGAUAAAAGUUAAGGUCAACAAACGCACACGUAUUAUUAAUUUAUUUCUACUAGAACUCAUCGAUAAGGGCUUAAAUACCUACGUUUAAACCCUGGCUUACCGAAAAUUAGCUUUAUAUAAUACUUUUUUACCAGGUACACGCUUUUGUUGGAACAUUUCGCUUAAAUAGAUUUUCGAACUAGUGUCAAGGUACAUGUAUUUGUUACUUUUAUUGUGAUAACGUCUAAUUAGAUCGAGCAAUGUAAGAGUAUUGUUGGAACGAAAGAAUCAUAGAUUGUAAUGAAAAUGUGAAGAACCCGAGUGCGACAAAUGUUUAUAACUUUUACCAAAUUCGUUUUUGGUUUUGUAACGAAAAUACAAACGAUAUAGGAAAAACUAA